AUGCAUGAACUGAGCCUCCGUUUCCGCAGCGAAUGCUCCGCUAUUGUGAAAAGAGUCGACGAGCCAAGCAGCCCAGCCAAGAACAACUCGGGGCGCUGUUCCAGAACUACAGAAGAGAUGGACGUGUCCGCGCGACAGAUGGAAAAUCUCACGCUCGACAGGGAGAAAGACAACGAUGACUUUUCCAAAACCAUGGACGAGCUUGCCAGUCAGCUGGAAAACUGGCAGACCAGCGAGUCAAAGGAUAAGACGAAGAGUAACCGGGAUAUCCAUGACCGCUUCUCGAACGGACCCGUGGUCUUCGCCCAGCGGUUGAGAUGA